AUGAAUCGCCCCAUCGCCAUCUACCUGCUGUGGUACGGCGUGUUCUCCGACGCGCAGAAGGCGCUCGUGCGCGCCCUCAUCGCGUCGCUCAACCCGUCCGCCGAUGCUGCUCUCACUGUCCCGCUCUGGUGGAACAUCAACCGCCUCUACUACGAUCGAGACAUGAACUACAUUUCAGGGAAUGUGACUGUAAGGGGCGAGGUGGAGGACACGGGGUAUUCCCAAGGGACCAUGCUGAGGGACUCCGCUGUGGAUACGAUCAUCCGUAACGCGGUUACCAGCAAGCAACUGCCGUUUGACAAGGACGGGGUGUACUUCGUGCUUUCAGACGAGACUGUCGAUCAGGUGUCAGAUGGGCUCGCCUUCUGCUCGGAUUACUGCGGUUGGCAUUGGUACACCAAGGUGCCGGGGCAGGGCCUGCUCGUGUCCUCUUGGGUUGGCAACGCCGGCUCCAAGUGUCGCUCCAGCUGUAUUGUCUCGCAGCUCUUCAGCAGCCCCGGCCACUCUCCCAACGGGGACGUGGGCAUGGAUGGGCUGCUGUCUGUGUUCGCCCAUGAGCUUGCAGAGGCCACCUCCGACCCGUUCAUGUCGGCGUGGUUCGACAGUGAUGGCGAGGAGAACGCCGACAAGUGCGCCUGGGAGUAA